UUUAUUUCUAUUCCGCUGCGUCUCCGACGGAGCUCCAAUUGAAUCUCCUGUUACGCGAUUGUCGCUCUUCUUGCUUCGCCAGCCAAGCGCGAGGAAACGACAUCCGUAGCAUGUUUCGUAGCAUGAUUUAGUCACAUCCCUGUUAAAAGUCAGUAGUUGACGAAGGUGCUAGAAGUAACACAGUUGAAGUUUGCAUAGCUAUAUAUAUAUAUCAUCGUCCUAAUUAUAGAAUCUGUUCGAAAAGUGUUUAAUAUAUUAAGCAAAAGUUACUUAAAAUUUUCUGUUAGAAGUGAAACAUUUAAAAAAGAAGCAUAUAUAUAAUAAUAAAUAUUUUUUAACAGAUUGCAUUAAAACACAAUAGUUUGCUGACAGAUCUUAUAUAAUACCAAGAUGUCAAAACUAAUGAUACAAACGAGAAGGAAAUAAUUCUAUAUGAAAAAAAAAAAAUCAAAAAUGUAGAAUAAAACUUUUUUAUAUUUUUUAUCAAAAGAAUACUUCGGGGAAACAUAAUAAGAGACGAGAUGUGUUUAUUUUUUAGGAAUAUUAUUUUAUAUUAACUUAAAAAUUGUUUGAAGUGUUGUCCAUUUUGUAGUAAUUAUGCUCUUUAUAUUAAAUGUUUGUUUUAUUUUCUUAUAUAGAAUCACCUCCUUCCCGCUUGUACUAUCAAUUCUGGGACAUCCGGUAUUUUAUCUUAUCCACAAAUUUCAGAAUAUUUAGCCAUGCAUUGCUGGUUGCUAAUAUUUUAUGCAUCUUGCAUUUUUAAAAUGACAUCCGGGGAAAAAUCAUCUUUAUAUGUGGAUGAAGUUCGCAGUUUAAGUGAAUUACCAAUGGAUAAACUGAUCCAAAUAAAAUCUUCUCUUGGAAGCGCGGGAUAUGAUAUUACUGAUGAAAAUGAAAACGCGCGCGAAGAUGUAUCUAGUAGAAGAUUAUCCCUGACAAUGCCAAUGGCUUUGCCUUUAAGAAGAAGUAACAAAAAGCCUACGCGACGAUAUGAAGAGCACUACGAUGAAAAAGGCAAGGAGUCGAAGGUUUCAAAGAUCUUCCAGGUGGCAAUAACUGCAUUAUCGUUUCUCGCAUUUGGCGGUUAUCUCCUUACACUUAUAAUAACAGCAGUUCGUCGCAAUAUGACCAAUAAUCCAAACGGGAAUGUCGUCGUAUUGUCGAAUCUGCAAGGUCUACAAAAAUUUAAUCGCCCUAGACGUAACAUUUUAAUAUUUGAUCCAAUGGAGAAUAAUUUUGAAACUGACAAACUUUAUGAAGGAAUGAUUAUGCUCUCAAGAAGUUAUGCCUUAUACAAUUAA